AUGGCCUUCCAACUCGACGACUUACUGAGGGACGACAAAAAGGACGGUAAUCUUAUACCCGACCUCAGCAAAGCAACGUGCAAUUCUCAGGAAGAGUAUCGACGUCUCCACGAGAGAUGCCCCGAGUACAAAAUCAAACCUGAAAAAGUUAAAAGGGAAGACACGAAAGUCAGGGACAAAGAUUUUUCUUGGAGAACAACUAAGAAGGAAUUGAAAGCAAUGGAUCGCGAAUGGCUCUACGGGGAUCCAAUUCCACCGGAUAUGAGGUCUUUGAAUCUCCAAGAACUGCAACAGGUCGCUAUCGAUUGGAGAAUGUUGACUCCGCUGAGACCAAAACUUCGUCACGACGAAGAAAUGUUUUCACGCUUGGUCGAAAUGGGCAAGCUGGAGGUGAAAACACUGGCAAGGGAGCGUCGAAUGUCAACAAGUCCAAUAAGGCGUAGCAAGAACCGUUCAGGCAUAAUAGAAUCGAGUGUUAAAAUUUGCGGGGAGUGCGGGGAGGAGUAUUGUUUCGGAGAGUCUUGCGGUGACAUAGCCUACGAAUCAUUCACGCGAGUGACUUUGACGGUGCAGCAGCCAAAAGUCAAAGUAUCGGCCGACACAGCGUCGAUAAUCGCGGGGAUGAACGGUGGCAAGCGUAAAAGAAAGAAAAAAGGAAAACGGGUUAAAAUCAGUUUGACAGCUAAGAAGAGUUCUCGCGGUGUAGUGCGCAGAAAAAGUACGAAUACGGUGAAAAAAAACGAAGCCACGAAAGACAACGAAAACGAAGAAGAGGCCAGAACAACUAAAAAGUUUAAACGAAAGUGUAGCAAAUAUUCAAGAAAAAAUGCUCGCUCACCGAAAUAGUGUUCAACUAAAUGAACCGUUGAAUUUCCCUGCAUUCAAACGAAAAAUCUAAACGACGGGAAGCGCACCAAUUCAAUUGACAUUUUCUUACUUACAAAAAAUACAAAAUAAAAUUAGGCGAAAAGGUUAACCAGUAAGUAAUCUUGACAACCAAGUUUCUUCGUAUUCUUUUUAUUAUGCCAAUCAGACGAAUUCCGAUGCUAAAAAAAAAGUCGAAAAACAAAACAGUCCGUGUAUAGGAAUGAAAUUGCGCCAAUGAAAAUGAUUCCAACGCUCACAGAGCGAGACAGACUUUCCAUUUUCUACACUGUUUUUAAUCUGUUUCUGCCGUAUAUGUCAUAAUCGCUAAGAAUAAUAUAUAUGCCGUUACAAUAUAAUUAAUAAUAAUAAGAAAGAUAAAUUCACGCUUAUGUACAAAUUGCCUAGAUGCGCGCACGGUGCUCGACAGCAGAAGGGCGGGCAGAAAAUGAAUGUCCGCACAUAAAUGCUGGAAAAAAAAAAAUAUA